UAAACCAAACACCAAUCUCUCACACUCUUUCAACUUUUCCAAUAGCACACAAAGAAACUCCAAAUUUAUGAUUUUUUGUCAGAACUUUUUCCCAUUAAUUUAUUUCAGACCCAAGAAGGGAUCUCUCACCGUUCAAUAUCAAGCAGUACUUUUUACGUGACGUUGUUGGUGCGACCAAUCUCUCUGCAACACACACAUGCUCUCGUUUUAAACUCAUUCAUUGAUCAACAACCUCUCUACUCUACCUCUACUCAGAAGAAAGAUAAAGUUAAAAAGUGCAAAUUAAACUUCAUCUCUUUCUAUUGUCUUUUUCAUCCGGAUCUUGAGCACACAUACAUACAUACAUACAUACAUACAUACAUACAUACAUAUGGCUUGUAUGCUGAGCUGCUCUCACGGAGUCGUAAUCGCUACCGCCAUGGUUUUCUCAAGCACUGCUCUGUUUCUGGCGAUUUCCCGCCAAUUCUCUACCAACCAAACAUCAGAUCUCCAUGAUCAACAGAUCCUCCGCUCAUGUCUUUCUUCAGAGGAAAAAAAGAAACAGAGGAAGAAGAGGAAGAAGGUGAAAUUUGCAGAGGAUGUGAAGGAGCCGAAAGGGAACGGUGAAGAGUAUCGCAAGAGAGAGCAUCUCCGGAGAAUCGUACCGGAACCGGUGAUUGAACCGGAGAAGACCGGUUCGGUUUGUAGAAACGACAUGCCUGCUAACAGGAUGGCUCUGUACAAUGGGAUUCUUAGAGACAGAGAUCAUAGACUUCAGUGCUCCUAUUGACUUCUUUUUUUUUUACUUCUUAGUCAAGAAAAAUGCUGAAAAUAUUAUAAAAAAUAGUUUUCUUUUAAUUUCGGAAGAAACAUGUCUGUAUGGCAAUUAUUGUAGUAGCUCACUUUUUCCUAUUAGCUUUUUCUGUGUAUUGUAUGUAAUUUUCUUCUAAGAAACGGUGUAAAUUAUUAUUUUUAUUUUUAUUUUUUUUGGUAACGGUGUAAAUUAUUGAUAUCUAAAAUAGAGCUUUUUACUUUUUACCC